UCGGACGGGAGAAGCCGCUUCAAUUCUAUUUUAUUUAUUUUUUCUAUCCUUUACCGGAAAAUAAUGGAGAGUGGGAGGAGCGAGAGUUGCGAUGAAUUUUCGGACGGCUUCGAACGCGAUCGAGGCGCAGGCGCGUUGACGAAUCCAAAGGGUUGCGGAGUGCUCGAAUUCUCCACGUAGAAGAGGGGUAGGACGGUCGCGCGCGCGACUCAUGUCCUCCCAUCAGCAUCCGGAUCGUCCGCCGAGGGUCCACCUCCGCCAGCGGAAGGUAGCCACCGGUGCGGAUCCGGACGGGACUACAAGGUCCAAAAUGUCGCCUCCACCGCUUCUUUUCCUGCAAGACUUUUCGGCCGAUUUAGGACCGACCGACGCAACAUCCCGAUAAGACAAUUAGAAGGGACAAGAAGAAAAUGGCGGAGCAUUCGGAACUAGUCGCUGAAUUGGCCAUGCUGGAGAGGAUGACGACUCAGGAGAGGUUGAAACACGCUAGGAAAAGGCGAAUGCAACAGCUUAAAAAAUGGAACCAGAAGGAAAAAGAGAACAACAGCAAGAGGAAGAAGACGGAACACAACCUGAACCGGAAGUCCAGGAGGAACGGGUACAAAGUGCAUUUCGUACCAAGUGUCAUGCUGCUAGAAGCGGCGGCCAGAAACGACGUGGAAGAAGUCCACAGACUGCUGACGUUGGGAGUGAAUCCCGAUUCGACCAACGAAGACGGUCUGACAGCGCUGCAUCAGUGUUGCAUCGACGACAGCGAAGAUAUGAUGAAGUUGCUGCUGGAGUUCGGUGCCAACGUAAACACCAAAGACAGCGAGCAGUGGACGCCUCUGCACGCCGCGGCCACCUGUGGUCAUCUGCACCUUGUCAAGUACCUCAUAAGCAAGGGAGCCGAUUUAUUGGCAGUCAAUGCCGAUGGAAACAUGCCCUACGACAUCUGCGAGGACGAUGCUACUCUGGACUACAUCGAGUCGGAAAUGGCCAAGAGAGGAGUAACUCAGGAAAUGAUCGAUCAAACUCGAGCCUCUACCGAGCGCAGGAUGUUGGAAGAUCUGGAGUGGAUCGUGGAGAACGGAGGUGACAUAGAAUAUAAAGAUAAUCAGGGAGCCACUCCGCUGCACGUAGCGGCUGCCAACGGGUAUCUAUCGGUGGUGGAGUAUCUAUUAGAGAACAACGUAUCUACGGAGGUGGUGGAUGACGAUCUGUGGCAACCCAUCCACGCUGCUGCCUGCUGGGGACAUGUAAGCUUGCCCGAUGUUAUAGAACUGUUGGUUCAGUUCGGCGCCGAUCUGAAUGCGAAGACCAAGAAUGGAGAAUCACCUUACGACAUUUGUGAAGAUCUGGAAUUGAAAGAGAGAAUCCUGCAGUUAAAAAGUGAAAUGGAGACUAACGAUGGUACUCCUCGUCAUAAACUACGAAGAACUCACAGUCAGAACACUCGCAGCAGUCAGUCGAUAAGAAGGACGAGCAUCAGGGAAAAAACGGAAAUAUCCAGGAGGGAAGCCAUGGAAGAGGCCAAAUUAUGGCAAGGAAAGCAAGAAUCCUCGAAUAACGAGGAAGACGACGAGAUCAAACAGAAGCAAGACUGCAAAGAGUACGAGAAAGAAACAUCAAAUUCUAGUGACCUCAACGCACUUUUGAGCAAGGACACGUUACAGAGGUUGAAGCACAAAACGAUGGAAAUCAAAGACUGCGUCUACGGAGACCAAAGUGAUUACAAAUCAAAAAAACUGCAUUCUCUGUCGAAAAUCGUUCCUCAAAAUUCUCUGGAACCAAAGAAGGAUCAUUCGGAUACCCAAGUGACCGUAACCGAUUCGAGACUGUUACCUGUGGAUACCUCUCCCUCGGAAUCGGUUAAGGUGGAGAUACACGUGACUGUUAACACCAGCCCCAGUUACGCGCCUAGUCCCGGAACUCUGGCAGAUCUGAAGAGGCAUAGAGCCGACAUUCGCAAUAGAAACAGUGCAAAUCUAUCGUCUCAGCAGGACCUGAACGGUAAAAUAACCAGCCGUAACGGACGUCAUUUCAGUGCCACUUACACCUAUCAGACUCCACCUUCGCCCACCACUUCGCUACGCAAAUACAGAAGCGAUCCCUCGGAGAUCGUGGGAGAUCCUCAAAAGCACGGUUGCUGCACGCUGAUGUGAUAAAAGAUUUAAAAUAUUCACUCAAAUUAUAAGGAAGAUGGGGGAGCGCAAGACGUUAUCUCAUGAUAUCAAAUUUUAACACGUUAGAACCUUUCUGUGUGACCUAGAUAAUUGCGGGAGCGCAUUGAAGAUGGGAUAUCUCGUAUUCAUUGUACCCAUUUCACCACGACGCUCGUAAUUUGCGAACGAAAACUUAAACUGAGCUAAUCAAACACUCGUACAAUUAAAAUUCUUGUAAUUUUCCACGCAAAACGGGGACGAUUUUUAUCAAAUAAUGUGAUAUGCAAUACAAAAUUUCAUAUAAUCAACGUUACUAAAAGAUUUACUAGCUAUUUUCUUGUCUCGAUUUUUGCAAACUCGCGCUUCUUUACACAAACACACACAAUCGAAAGAUACCAUCACAUUUAUGAGAUUUCCCAUCUUCUUGUUCGUCUUCCGCUACCCCGUCUCCCCGUAUAUUAAUAUAAACAUAGGGAUCUAUGUGUAUGUAGUAUAAAUCCAACAAAGAAAAAAUACUUUUAAUAUGUAUAAAGCAAAAAAAAUUCCCAUUUAGAACAGUUUGGUACAAAGUAAACGUUAUUCUGUCUGUGCAAUAUAUCUAGCCGAAUUAUUUAAUAAAUUACGGACGGGGGUCGAAAACUUUUAUUUUGGCUACAAGGCUUCAAAGCUAUAACGAUUGUAAAUGGCAAAUUAUUGAUUUUAAAGAUUGUGCAAAUACGAGAAAUAUUUUUAUGAGAUCAAAAAAAAGGUAAAUAUUUUUUAAAAAAUGUAAGAGAAAAAGGUUAAUUCCAGACAGGGCCUAUUCAGAAUUUCAAAAAAAUAAAUAAUAAUAUAUAUGCAAUGCUUCUUACUAAUUCUGCACCGAAUCGUCUUAAGAAUUGAAAAUUUGUGGGUCCAUCUGUCAAUUUGUUCUUUUUUCUCUCUGCUUGUAGCAUUGUUUGGUAACUAAACCUUAUUGUAUCAUACAUAAAAACUACUUUUAUAUAUAUUAAAAAAAA